CCCGUGGUGCCUUCACUGAUCACUGGACCACAGACUUUCACUACUGAUUACCAUCUGAAAGGGCACUGCAAUAUUUUAACCAUGAAGCGCGGACUGUACGGGCUGCCACUAAUUCAUCUUCUAAUAAUGCUUCCUCUCAUCACUGGAUCACCUUUCCAAAACAGCAUUUUCCAGAACAACGCGCAUUCAGGCAUGGACACACGACAAAGAAACAAAAACUGGUGCGCCUACGUUGUGCACAAGAACGUGAGCUGUGCCGUCGUGGGAGGCACGGAGAGUUUUGUGCAGCCGGAGGUUUUACCGUGUCCACCGGAGCUGCCAAACUGCGCGCAACAAGUGAUAUAUCGGACACACUUCAGGCCCAUGUAUAAGAUUGCAUACAAGACAGUAACAGAGCUGGAGUGGAGGUGCUGCCCGGGCUACCAGGGCCACGACUGCAGGGAGGUGAAAGACCUAAUGCUACUCCAAGUAGAGCGUUUGCCUCAUGCGCCGUCUGCCGCUGGACAUAUUCCAGUCCCACAAGCUCCAGAACAGAGAACACAGGGUCAGAGAAAUCACCCAUGGGUAGGGGAGGGGCAGUCUGGAGGUCAGACAGGUCCCAGGUCACCAUGGGGCCACGGAGGAUCUCAAAGUGCAACACACCUGGAGGAGGAGGUGCAGCAACUGUCCCAGAUGGUUCUUGACAUGCAGGCAAGAAUGACUGACAUGUCCUCCAAUCUGAGACUGGACUUCCAGGAGGAUGCCAGUAAAAUGUUGCACACACUGCUGAACAACCUCAGACAGCCCGCCAGUGCACGAGGCGCAGAAACACAAACCAUUCAGGUGCAGGACUUCUCCUUUGACCAUGACACAACACCAAUGGAAGAAGUAAUGAACAAGAUCAGCCAGGUUACAGACGACCUAGAGUCCAAGACUAAUACCCUGGAUGACCUGCUGGGCCGUGUCAACCGCCAUGAUGGACAGAUCAGUCUGCUCAUGGAGGCUGCCCAGAACCCACUGUCCACACCUCCUCCUGCUCGCCCAGCUAGUGAUACAGACCUACGUGCCUACCUGGAUGAUAAGAUCCGUGCUCUGAGAGAGGAGUUGAUGGAGGGCAUGGAUAUCAAACUGGCAGACAUGAAGAACGCUUGCGAUUAUAAAAUCGUGUCAGUUCAGGAGCAGUGUGAGGGGCAAGAGGCUAAUUACCUCAGCCUAGCUGAGCUCAUGGACUCUAAGGAAACUGAUCUCCGCAAGGAGAUUGAAGACCUUAAGAUCAAGCUGGUUGAUCCAGUAAAAGAAGGCACCCGAGUAUCUGACAAUGUUCUCACUCGUGUGGAAAACCUUGAGAUCUAUCUGAACUCAUCUGAAAAGAGUGUGGCAGGGCAGUGCCUUGCUGUGGAGGAGAAACUGAAGAAAGAACGGACAGAGGCCAUCAAAGACCUCAGGGAGACUCUGGAGGACAAGUUGGCCUCCAUGGAAGAAAGAUUCACGACCGUGUUGGUUGAUACAAGCGCCAACUCCCAAUCUGGGGUUCAGCCAGAGAGUCAAGAUAUGUUGCAGACAGAUGUUAACUCUUUAAAGGGCUCUGUUCAAACUCUGGAGGAUAGACUCAAUGUCUUGGACCAGUUUUGCUCAAAGGAGCAAAGGGCUAAUUUAACUGUUGUAGAAAACCUUCAGCAAGACUUUGAGAGUUGCAAAACUGCUAUAGGUGCUAUGGAGACUAGUCUGAAAGCCCAGAUAAAUGGCCUUGGAGCCAUGGAGGGGCAACUCCUCAACUGCAGCACUAGCAUUGAGAAUGUACACAGUGAACUCGGCUCCAUGAAAGGCCACAUGGGCAGAUUGGAGGACUCUCUAUCAGAUGUAGUCCAACAACAGUCUCAGACGUUGCAGAGCCUCAACUCCACCUGGGGUCAAGUUAAAACAGGGGCGGAGCAGGAGGCCAAGGACCUUUUGGAGCUCCACAGAACACAGCAUCAGGAGCUGAGACAGCGGCUGGACGAGCUGGGCAGGGAGGUGAAAUCCGAGGCCGACCAGUGCAGGGAAAAAACUGAAGAUGUCGAGAAGGAGAUUGCCCACGUGGACAGCCGCGUUGUUAGUGUGGAGAGUUUAUGCGGCAAGCUGGAUCCUAUCUCCAGUAGCCUACAGAGGAUCAAAGAUGGGCUGAAUAAACAUGUCACUGGGUUGUGGACUUGUGUCAACCAGCUGAAUGGCACAGUUAGAGCCCAUGCCCGAGAUAUUGGAGGGGUGAAGGGAAUUUGCCAGAACCUCCAGAACAACAUUGCCAACAUAGCCAGAGACCUUCAGGUGCUAACCGACAGCAACGCCGGGAAGACAGGUGUUCAGGUUGCAGUGGAGGACGCAGGACUUCCCCAGGGCUCAAGUAAGAGCCUCACAGUGGCGGUCGGCCCAGUGGACGCCUCUCUCCCUCAGCCACCUGUGAUAGAGGCCGGAGAGGCGGGUCCCCCCGGGAAGAUGACCUCGUCCAAGUUGCCCAAGGGGACUGGCGGCAGCAUGAUGCCUGUUCAGGGCUUUGCUGGAGCUCCAGCUUCUCCAGUCAAAUCCACUGACUCGCUUAAGAUCAGCAUUCCACUGAACACAGAUGUGAACUCGCUCCACCGACCAUCUCCACAGAAACCUGCCAUGGCUUUAGAUGAAAGGGUGUCGUUCUCAGCCGGUCUGACUCUGACGCCGUUCCAAGGAGAGGUUGGAAUCAUUCUAUUCAACGAGGUGUUGGUCAACGACGGAGGACACUACGACCCUCAUACAGGUAUUUUCACGGCUCCCACAAACGGCCGCUACCUGGUGAGCGCUGUGCUCGCGGCCCAUCGAGGGGAGAAGGUUGAGGCGGUCCUCUCGGUGUCCAAUCGCAGCAUCCAGAGGCUGGACUCCACGGGAUUCUUGUCUGGAGCGGCAGCGGCCGCGUCACACGAACAAUGCAACUGCAGCAGUUCAACCUCGCUGAGCCUGGUUCUCUCCCUGAAGCGAGGAGACCGAGCCGGACUCGUCAUGACGGCCGGAAAGCUCGCCAUCUCGGCUUCCUCCUCUGAGAUCCUGUCGUCUUUCAGUGCUGUGCUUCUUUACCCCAGCCCAUCAAAACGGUAGCCCUGCCACUAUCAGAGACAACUGACACCUUAUAUAAGCCAUAAGUGGAGGAUGUUGAUACA